CAGUCUCACUUCCAUUUCCCAUAUUAAUUAUAUUAUGGCUCAAGCUGGAGACGGCCUUCCCCCUCAUCCUCAUCCCCCAGUAGACCCCGGCAACGGCUUCUGCUCCGACACCAGAACCUAUCACAGCCUUCGUCCUCCAGUCCCUCUCCCUCCCGUCACCCAUCCUCAUCCCCUCUCCGUCACCGACUACGCCCUCUCUCUCCUCCCUUCCUCCGUCUCCUCCUCCCCCGAUCACCGUUAUUACAUCAUCGACGUCGCCUCUGACCAACGCCUUAUCUUCUCCCGGACCCUCCGCCUCGCCAACUCCCUCUCCCUCCACCUCCGGGACCGCCUCUCCAAGGGCGACGUUGCCUUCAUCCUCCUCCCUCCCUCCUUCAAUGUCCCCAUCAUUUACCUCUCCCUCCUCUCCCUCGGCGUCGUUGUCUCUCCCUCCAACCCGCUGAGCUCCGCCUCGGAGAUCGCCCACCAGGUCCGUAUCAGCAACCCCUCCAUCGCCUUCGCCACCUCCUCGACAUCCUCCAAGCUGCCUCCUAAUUAUAAACUCCGACUCGGUGUGGUCCUCGUCGACUCGCCCGAGUUCGAGUCUGUUGUACUGACGAACGCUGAAGAUGACUCGAGCUCUGCCUCUGCCUCUCCCACCUCAUCACCAUCAUCAUCAUCAUCUCUACCUCUGCCGCUGAUGAGCAAUGUCAAUGGAGUCCAUCAAUCCGAUCCUGCGACAAUACUCUACUCCUCCGGCACGACUGGCCGGGUCAAGGGGGUGCUGAUGACUCACCGGAACCUUAUCUCUAUGAUCGCUGGACGCUACCAUGCUCGGCAUGCUGCCGCCGAGCAGCAAACACCCCGAGCUGUGUGUCUGUUUUCAUUGCCUCCAUUCCAUGUCUAUGGCUUCUUCGUGCUUAUCAUGAACUUCGUGCUGGGAGAGACCUUGAUUUGGCUGCAGAAGUUUGAAUUCGAGGCGAUGCUCAAGGCGGUGGAGAAAUACAGGGUCACUCUCCUGCCCGUGUCGCCACCCAUCGUCGUGAACAUGAUGAAAUCCAAGCUCACCGACAAGUACGACCUCAGAUCUCUUCAGACUGCCUUAUGCGGUGGCGCGCCUCUUGGCAGGGAGGUGUCAGAGCAGUUCCAGGCGAAGUUCCCCCACGUGGAGCUCCUGCAGGGAUAUGCUAUGACUGAGAGUGGAGCAGGGAGUGGCAUGAUGGGUCCUGAAGAGAGUAGGCGUUACGGUUCGGUUGGCCGCCUCUCUGCGACCAUGGAAGCAAAGAUAGUUGACCCUGGAACAGGAGUGGCCCUGCCCCCUGGCCAGAAAGGAGAACUUUGGCUUCGAGGGCCUUGUGUCAUGAAAGGUUACGUAGGAGAUGACAAGGCGACAGCUGAAACUAUCGACUCUGAUGGAUGGCUGAAAACUGGUGAUCUUUGUUAUUUUGACAAUGAAGGGUUCCUUUUCGUUGUCGAUAGGUUAAAAGAGUUGAUAAAAUACAAGGCGUAUCAGGUACCCCCUGCUGAACUGGAGCAUUUACUGCAAUCCCAUCCUGAAAUUGCAGAUGCCGCUGUUAUUCCCAGAUAUCCUGACGAAGAAGCAGGACAGAUCCCGAUGGCAUUCGUGGUGAGAAAACCUGGAAGCAGCAUAACCGAGUCUCAAGCCAUCGAGUUCAUUGCAAAACAGGUUGCUCCGUACAAGAAGGUAAGGCGAGUGGCUUUUAUUGAUAGCAUCCCGAAAUCUCCGGCAGGGAAGAUAUCGAGGAGGGAUCUGAUCAAAAUUGCCAUGUCCUGUUCUAAAGCUAGGCUAUAAAACCCAUCUGUCUGCUCCUCACAGAAGUUCAACUUCACAUUUUCCAUGAAAAGAAUCAACUAUGCUUCGAUCUGGUUACUUGUCUACAUCUCUAUAUGAUGGUAAAACGACUUACAAUCCUAGUGCAUGUUGGAAAUAUCGGUUCGAGUAUGUAUUUUGUUGGUCAGUAAGAAAUGACUAUAUAUAUCAGGUUGCUAUUCCCAAACUAAUUGCAACUCCAUUUCAAUCUUACCAUGAUCAUAUAGCAGAGCAGCAGGCAAAGGCCAGAGUUACUUUUA